AUGAGUCCUACGAUCACGAGACCCGACCUCAGAGACAUUCUGACGCCGCUCCUACCUUCGUUACCUGCUGCAGCGCUCUCGACUCAACCCGCGCCAGCAAUAUUGCCACUCCUGUCGCCUAUCCUCCGACAGCGUGUUCAGCUCUUGUCCUCAGCCAGCACGGAACCAUGGCUGCGUUUACUAUCCUACGACAAGGGCAAGGAUGCGCGUUUGGCAGAGGUGGCUAGAAGCGACAGGCUAGAGCCGCACCCCGUUUCGGGCGAAGUCGAGAUCGACUGGGACUACGACGUCCAGACACAGUAUAGACGGUUGGAUGAGGAGACGCUGCAAGCACUUGUUGUUCUCGAGGAGUUUGAACUGUUCUUUCGGCUCGUGUACUGCGUCAACGACGAGGCAGGAGGUGGCGACGGGUGGCGGGUCGGCGAGAUCAGCGUUCCAGACAAAUCGAACCCGUUCGCGUCGUUCGAGGGGUACCCAAGCAUCGAGGUGGCGGAAACCUCGUUCCGGCAGCAGGGCGAGAACCUCCACAAGCCGAACCCACAACCAGCCAGCUCUGCGGUAACGCACCUGGCUGCCGAGGAGAACCACGAAGAGGAGGACGAUGACGAUGAUUACUGGGCCCGUUAUGAUGCCACGCCAGCGCGCACACCACAGGUCAACCGCUCGCCUGCACCGCAGUCAGCACAACAGCAGACAGUGGCAUCUACUCACCAAGCCGUCACCGAGGAGGACGAUGCAUACUUUGCCCAGUACGACAACGUGCAGCCCGCGAUGGACAACCACGACCCAGAUGAGGCUCAAGCGGCACAAGAGAUCACGGGUUCAGUACCUCCCCUGGGGUUGCAACACCCGGCAAGCUCGGGCCCGAGGGCAGGCGAGGACAGCGAAGAAGCCAACGAGACCAACGGUGGGUGGACGCUGGCGCCGUCGCCGGGCGGUAGGUCACAGGAGGAGGAGGAGAGGACGGCAUCGCUCGCACACCCUAGGCCGGAGUCUAGUGCGAGCUCGAACGGGUCCAACACGGUGCUGAAGCUGGAGGAGCAAGCGGGGCGGCAGGAGUCGAGCGAGUUCGGCAUCAAGCAGCACGUAUCACGGAGCAUCAGGAGCCUGUUCCUGCUGUCGCGGGCGGCGGGCAUCGACCGGGACGAGUUCGAACGGAUGGUGAAGACCGAGCUGGAUGUCCUGGGGAUGGUGGAGGAGGACAUGUAG